UCGCUGAUAUUCCCUUCUAUUCAGUCAGCAAGCGUGACUCCACUUGGAAAAAAAAGUCCUCACCACCCCCUACCCCCUCCUUGGGCAAGUAAUGAGCACUUCCUCUCUUUCUGUGUUCUACCCCUCUAGCAUCCCCCUCUCUCACCCUGGCUCCUGAGUGUCCUGUCUACGUAGCUGGAGAACCUGUCGCUCUGACAUGUUCUGCUCCCGAGGGAGACACAGUGUCUGCAAUGAGAGUUCAUGGGGAAGGGCAGAGACUAGACUCUACAUGGGCCCUGUCAUCUCCAUUCAGUCACACCCAAUUACUUCAGUUGCCUGCAUUGAGUAUGGCAGAUGCUGGAACCUACACAUGCAUUUACGGGAUACAGCAAUCCAGUAGAGAGAUCCCAUGUAAAGAGAGCAACCCCAUCUGGGUAACAGUGACAGUUCAAAUGAGUUUUUGGCUUCAGGAACUUGUGGUGACUGUGUCUUUCUUCACCAUCAUCAGCAUCAUCUUCUUGAUCUCCAACUGCUGCUGGAACAAUGAAGACCACCUGCCUCCUCCCAGAUGCUCUCUGGACACCCUGCAUCUCACAAAAGAGGCUGUUGCUCUCAGGCGCUCAGCUCCCGGGCAUGAGGAAAUGAGCAGAUACAGGUUCUUCAGUCAAAGUGUGGAGCAGACCACUGAUGACAUCCCCAAUCCACAUGAAGGUACCCAGGUGAAACAAAACAGAAGGCAAUGCAAAGUCAGAAGCAUGAACCUGGGAACGAUGGAGAAUCAAAUUAGGACAAAUGAUCCCAGCUGUGAGGAGCGACCCUGUCUCCAAAAAAUGAUGAGUAAAUCCCAUUUCUCUUGCUCCUUUGGGUGGCCAUCCCUGGAUAUUUCUGCAUAUCCACCAGAUGAGACACCAACCCUUUUCUCACCUGAGCAAGGAGAUAGCAGCCUGGUUAGUGUCAUUUCCUCUGACUCAGGCAAUGGAUGCAUGGGGCUGGGUGGGUAUAGGGUUCCAACACUAAAGAGAAGAAUUUCUAUUGGAUUUGUGGCAGAUUGCGUGAAACAACCAAUAUUUUUAUUCUUACAGAACCUAGAACCUGGGACUAAAAUUCAUAGACAGUUUCUCAUUGAUACUAAAUUAUUACACUUUUGCCUUUCUCUAAAGUCUCCUUCCAUGUGAAGAUCUCAAAGCACUUCACGUACAUUGAUUAACGAACCACCUACCUCCCACCCUUCUGCCAUGGAAAGUGCUCUGAGACCUUCUCAUGUCUGCAAUGGGACCUUUAAUCUGGUUGUAGCAUCAAGAUUACUGUUUUCCCAGUUCAGAAUGUCUCCUAUUCUCUCUGAGAUGUGCAAUUCACAUUAAGCUUUCAGAGCCUUUGUUUCUUUAACACCUUUUAAAUUCAAAUCAAGGUUCACCAUUUGUUUCUCAUCUAUAUCUAGAUCUAUCUAGAUAGGGUCACCCUAGCUAUAUACCCUUUCUCACAGGAAAAGAGCACCGUUACUUAAUAUACAUCUACGCUAUGAGCAAGGGAUAUGAUUCCUCUGCUUUGAACAAAUAGUCCUUCAGCUAGCGCAAAUAUAAAUAACAGUGUGGUUGUAGUAGCAUGGGUAGAGGCAACGGAGGCAUAGCUUAGCAAUGCCUAGUAUGUACCUACCCCAUUUUCAGGACCCCCCCAUAACCCCUGCAAGACAAACCCCUAACAUUGCACUGGAGCAUUGGGGUCAGCCUUGACUGAGAGGAGACAGUGCUCCCUGCUGAGUCCCCCUCUCUCUGCAGCACAGCUCUCUUUGUGUUUCACAAGGACAUUGGGGUCAGCACUGACUGUGGGGAGAGUCCUCCCGGUUG